AUGAUCAGCUCGGUGUGUGUGUCAUCUUACCGAGGGCGCAAGUCCGCCAAGAAAGCCCCUCCGAAAGUAUGCCCGGAGGAGGAGGAGGAGGAGGAGGAGAUGGGCACGGGGGAGGGCAGUGAAAGGAUCACCAUCAAUGUGGGGGGGACACGGCAUGAGACCUACAGGAGCACCCUGCAGACCCUGCCCGGGACCCGGCUGGCACGGCUCACCCAGCCCGGAGCCAGCGGUGGCCAGUUCUUCUUUGACCGGCAUCCCGGCAUCUUCGCGUCGGUGCUGAACUAUUACCGGACCGGUAAACUGCACUGCCCGGCCGAUGUGUGCGGUCCGCUCUUUGAGGAAGAGUUAGCUUUCUGGGGGCUGGAUGAGACCGAUGUGGAGCCCUGUUGCUGGAUGGCGUACCGCCAGCACCGGGAGGCGGAGGAAGCGCUCGACAUCUUCCAGCCGCUUGGAACCGGCCCCGGAGAGGAGGAGCCCGAACCCGGGGGGGAGCCUGAACCGGGACCGAGCCGGGCCCGGGGGCCCGGGGAAUCCAGCUGCAGCCGCUCGGCCCCUCUCACCUGCUGGAGGCGGUGGCGACCCCGGCUCUGGGCUUUAUUCGAAGACCCCUACUCGUCCCGAGCAGCACGGUUUAUCGCUUUUGUGUCCCUCUUUUUCAUCCUCUUGUCAAUCACCACCUUUUGCCUCGAGACACAUGAGGCUUUCAACAAGAUCAUUAACUUGACAGAACAUACAGUUGUGGGGAACAGCACUCAGACAGUGAACGUGUAUGAGAUAGAGACAGAGCCCGCCCUCAUGUACGUAGAAGGAGUAUGUGUCGUGUGGUUCACUUUGGAGUUUAUGGUCCGCAUUUCCUUCUGCCCCAAUAAGCUGCUGUUUGUUAAGAAUAUGCUGAACCUCAUUGACUUUGUGGCCAUCCUGCCCUUCUACCUGGAGCUGGCACUUCGUGGGUUGACCUCCAAGGCAGCAAGGGAUGUUCUGGGCUUCCUCCGAGUCGUCAGGUUUGUACGGAUUCUACGGAUCUUCAAGCUUACCCGGCAUUUUGUGGGAUUGAGGGUGUUGGGACACACCUUGAGAGCCAGCACCAAUGAGUUCCUCUUGCUCAUCAUCUUCCUUGCCUUGGGAAUCCUCAUCUUCGCCACAAUGAUCUACUAUGCAGAGAGACUUGGUGAAAACCCUAACACUGUGAAUUCCACUCACUUCAAAAAUAUCCCCAUUGGCUUCUGGUGGGCAGUAGUCACCAUGACUACUCUUGGCUAUGGUGACAUGUACCCCCAGACAUGGUCGGGUAUGCUGGUGGGAGCAUUAUGUGCCCUGGCUGGUGUGCUUACCAUUGCGAUGCCAGUGCCAGUCAUCGUCAAUAACUUUGGAAUGUAUUACUCCCUGGCAAUGGCCAAACAAAAACUCCCCAAGAAACGCAGGAAGCAUUUCCCCUGUGGAACGCAUGCCAAGACUACAGGCCUUUACAGUUCAGACCUGAACUCCUCAUGCAACAGCACACAGAGUGACAGCAAUCAAGUUGCUGCUGAGGAGAUACAAGAGAGAAAGAACUCAGACUCAAAACAAAAUGGUGAAGCAAACAUGGCCCUAUCUGAUGAGGAAAGUGCUGCAUUGAACCAACCGUUGACAGCCAAUGAGAGCCAGGUGCUCAGAGGCCCCAGUAUGAGGGACAAAAACAAGAAAGGGACAGCCUGUUUCUUACUGACAGCAGAGAACUGCAAAGAUGUCCACACAGUUAACUACACUCAAGCAGAAAUGAUCACCCUUUCUUAAUGGUAAAUAGCAGAGGUCAGAGAGCAAAGGGCGAACUUCCUUAUUUUAUCCAAAGUACUAUCCUCAAGUGAAACAGCAAGUUCCAGAUCACACCAAUCUGGGUGACGAUCAGAAGCUGAGAACCAUUGAAUACUCAUAACUAUUA